AUGUAUCAUCGGCAAACUACUAGUAAAGGGCCCUCUAAUCCCAUGCAGAUUUACCAGCAACCUCCAAGGCUUCUCAUUGUGCAUAUCGCUCUACCAUCCUGGGCUGACCUCUGCUCCAACCUCUGUGAGGCUCUGCAGAACUUUUUCUCUCUAGCCUGCAGCUUGAUGGGCCCCAGCCGCAUGUCCCUCUUCAGCUUAUACAUUGUACAAAAUCAGCACGAGUGCAUCCUCCCCUUUGUGCAAGUGAAAGGGAACUUUGCUAGGCUGCAAGCCUGCAUCUCAGAACUCCGCAUAUUGCAAAGAGAAGGUUGUUCCAGACCACAAGGCACUUCUGUGCAGCUGGCAAUAGAGGAUGGGCUCCAGCAGUUCAAACAGUACCGUGGACACAUGACCACAAGUACAGCUGUGACCUACACCUCCCUGGAGAUUACUGUUCUGACUUCACAGCCUGGAAAAGAGGUGGUCAAACAAUUGGAGGAGGGAUUGAAAGAUACAGACCUAGUCGGGGUUAGGAGGCUUCAGGUGGUUGAGAUUACACAGGGAGUCCUAGAAUGUAUGGACUCAGCAUCCCCUGUUGAAGAGCCCAGCAUUGACGAAAGUUCUGUCCUGGGAACUGAUAUUGACCUUCAGACUAUAGACAAUGAUAUUGUCAGCAUGGAGAUUUUCUUCAAAGCCUGGCUGCAUAACAGUGGAACAGACCAAGAACACAUCCACCUUCUUCUUCCUUCACGGAGUUUCAGCAACAUUUCCAGAGCCAGAGAUAAUCCAAUGUGCCUGAAAUGUGAUCUCCAAGAGCGACUUCUCAGCCCAUCCCUGCUCCCUGGAACAGCCGAUGGAUCCCUGAGAAUGGAUGACCCCAAAGGAGACUUCAGCACCCUCUACCAGAUGGUUUCCCAGUCAUCAGUCUCUAGUUACAAGCUCCGGGUGAUCAAGGCUCUAAAAUCCAGUGGGGUCUGCGAAUCAUUGACGUAUGGACUUCCCUUCAUCCUCAGACCCACAAGCUGUUGGCAGCUGGACUGGGAUGAGCUGGAGACAAAUCAGCAGCAUUUCCAUGCUUUGUGUCACAGCCUACUGAAAAGAGAAUGGUUGCUGUUGGCCAAAGGGGAGCCCCUGAGCCGAGGACGCAGCCUGAGAGAGCCCGCCAGCACCUUCUACGUGAUCCUGCCAUCUCGUUCUCCCACUCUGCUUGUGAAGGCAGUGGCCACUCGGGAACUGAUGCUGCCCAGCCCUUUCCCCCUGCUGCCUGAGGACAUGCCUGAUGACAGCCUUAAGAUUGUGGAGAGCAUGCUGGACAACCUGGAGCUAGAAUCCACCUACAACCCCUUGGAGGUUCGGAGCCACCUGUACUCACACCUGAGCAGCACCUUUGCCAAGCCUCAGGGUUGGCUCCACCCAAGCUGGGAGAGCCGGCCUCUGAGAAAGCAUCCCUGCAAGGCUGGGCCACUGCAAACAAAUCGAGUUCGAGCCACAGUGGCCCCUCUGCCUAUGACCCCAGCCCCUGGCAGAGCCCCCAAGAUGCCAGCAGCAAGCAAAGCUUCCUCAGAAGUCUUCCAGCCUUCCAUGGAGGAGGAGGAGGAAGAGGCAGACGAGGACUAUCCCUAAGUCACCAGCACCAUAGCAGAGCGUGCCCUGCUCAUGCACAUCCAUGCCAAGGUCACACAAUGG